GCUCUCAAAAUCAUUCCAUGACCUGAAAUUUCUCUCGACCCUUCUUGUUCCUGAUUCUACUUCCUUCUAUACCUUGCACUCUCUUUUCACUUUCUUAAUAGCAAUAAAACAAACACUAUUAUCGGAUCAUGGCUUCUUCUCAAGAUCAACUCAAACACAGAAGCACCACCAAAGCACAACAAGAUGAACAACAAAAUGAACCUCUACAAACAGAACAAUACCAAAAAGCUGAUAACGAUGAUACAAAAAUGAACAAAACCAUCAGAUCAUCAACAAGAAAACAGAUAGCCAAACGAGGCCUUAAGUCAUUGGGAAUAGCUUUAUCCAUCCCACUAUUAUUAACUCUCCUAGACAUCUCCUUUUUUGGUUCAAGUUACCAGUAUGCAAAAAUGGAUAAGCCUUUUUGGAUCCCACGUUUAUGGGCUUUACACUUGGCUUGUUUGGGUUCUGCUUUUCUUAUGGGCCUUUCUGCUUGGCUUGUUUGGGCUGAAGGUGGGUUUCAUCGACAGCCUAUGGCUAUGCUUUUGUAUUUAAGUCAAUUGGGCUUGAGUUUGGCUUGGGAUCCAGUGGUGUUCAAGGCUGGAGCUACUAAGGUUGGGUUGGUAUUGUGUAUGGCUUUGUUUGGAGUGUUGAUUGCGUGUGUUAGAGCUUUUAAAAACGUGAAUCCUACAGCUGGGAAUCUGGUUAAACCUUGCCUUGGAUGGGCUGUGCUUUUGAGUCUAGUAAAUCUUAAGCUUGUAUUCAACUAGGAAACAUACAGUCGCUAUAUGCACUUGUUUUUUUGGGCUGUGAUGCUCGUGUACUGUAAUUUACAUGUAUCAGUGUUCUAUAUUUCACGUCCUAAACUGUAUGCACUGUAGAGUUCUUAUUGCAUAGGUCCCUUUCUGCCUUGUCACAGUAAUUUUUCACAUGUUCUCCACUUUUGAUUGAUGAGUUGCGUUUUUCUGUUUGUAUUACCAGAUAUUUCUAUCUUCAUAAUUCAUUUUAUAGUGCUGUCAGGUCAA